AUUUUUAACUUCGAAACACUUGAACUAUUUGUGUUGAAGUUUUCUCUCCUUUCCCUGCCUUCCCAACAGAGCUCUGUCCUCUGCUGCGCCGGCUGCACCCCAGCCACCUCCCCACGACCUGCUUGCGCACACUCAGGGGACGCAGGUGGAGCAGAUGCUGACUCAGCCCGUUGCAUUCAGACUUAAGAAGUAAGAAGAAAUUAGGAAGCUAUGGGCAGGGCACGCAGGCCCCUCCCCGGGCAGCACAGGCAUUGCGAGGGGUGCUUCAACCGCCACUGCCAUGCUCCGGUGGAGCCCAGCGUCUCCUGCCUGGUGAUAAGCUGCCACCUGCUCUGCGGCGCUGUCUUCCACAUGUGCAAAGAGGCAGAGCACGCGCUCCUCUGCCCGUUGGAGCAGGUCCCUUGCCUCAACUCCGAAUAUGGCUGCCCCCUUUCCAUGUCGCGCCACAAGCUGGCCAAGCACCUGCAGGUGUGCCCCGCCAGCGUGGUCUGCUGCUCCAUGGAGUGGAACCGCUGGCCAAACGUGGACUCUGAGACCACCCUUCACGAGAACAUCAUGAAAGAGCCACCCAGUGAGGAGUGUUUGGACACAGCCCUGGCCCUGCAGGACCAGAAAGUCCUCUUCAGAUCCUUGAAAAUGGUAGACCUUUUCCCAGAAACGAGAGAUGCCACCGAGGAGGAACCAGCUGCGAACGGGGAAGCCGGUGUGGAGGACAUGGGAGGAGCGGUGGGUGGAGCGGAGGCCGGUCUGCUACCACACGGCUGCCUGUCGGCAACUAACGGGGAGGCGGCGGAGCUGAGUCAAGAAGAACGAGAGGCCUUAGCCAAAACCAAAGAAGGGAUGGACCUGGACAAGUUUGGCAAGUGGGAAAAUAUAUUCAGCAAAGAGCAUGCAGCCUCUGCUUUAGCAAAGUCGUCAGAAAGCCGUGAGAGCAAGAGCAGGAAGGUCUCAGGGAAAGACCAGAUUUCCAGUGGCAACAACACGGCAGAGGGAGAGGGCACUGCCAAAGGGAAGGAACCACAGGACAACCAGGAGCAGCGGGACUUUCACACAACCGUGGAAACGACAGGGCUUGCCCCUUGGCAGGAUGGUGUUCUGGAAAGAUUGAAAACAGCUGUGGAUGCAAAGGACUAUAAUAUGUAUCUAGUGCACAACGGGCGGAUGCUUAUUCACUUUGGCCAGAUGCCGGCUUGUACACCUAAGGAGAGAGACUUUGUUUAUGGCAACCUUGAGGCUCAGGAAGUUAAGACUGUUCACACCUUCAAAGUUCCCAUGAGCUACUGUGGAAAGCGAGCUCGAAUCGGAGAUGCCAUGUUGAGCUGUAGGCCAAGUGAGCACAAGGCAGUGGAUACUUCGGAUUUGGGCAUCACUGUGGAGGACCUGCCCAAAUCAGAUCUCAUCAAGACCACCCUCCAGUGUGCUCUGGAAAGAGAACUCAAAGGUCACGUCAUCUCUGAAUCCAGGAGCAUCGAUGGGCUGUUCAUGGAUUUUGCCACACAGACGUACAACUUUGAGGCAGAACAGUUUUCCUCUGGGACAGUGCUGGCUGACCUCGUAACCACUGCCAUCCCGGGGGGACUCCACGUGGAGCUCCACAGCGAAUGUGUGACCAGGAGACACAACAAGAGCAGCUCUGCUUUCACUUUCACUUGCAACAAAUUCUUCAGGAGGGAUGAAUUCCCUCUGCACUUCAAGAAUGUUCACACAGACAUUCAGUCAUGUCUCAACGGCUGGUUCCAGCACCGAUGCCCCCUCGCCUACUUGGGAUGUACAUUUGUUCAAAACUAUUUCCGUCCCCCGGGGCAAAAGGCAAAAGUGAUUUACAGUCAGGAGCUCAAGACCUUUGCCAUCAAGCCGGAGGUUGCUCCAGAGCUGAGUGACGGAAGGAAAAACAACCAUCUCUCAGGCCACGGAGGAAAAAGCCAGAAUUCUCUAACCAGCCUACCCCUGGAGAUUUUGCAGUACAUUGCUGGGUUCUUAGACAGCAUUAGCCUGUCCCAGCUCUCCCAGGUGUCCGUGCUGAUGAGGAGUAUCUGUGCCACUUUGCUACAAGAGAGAGGGAUGGUCCUCCUGCAAUGGAAGAAGAAGAGGUAUUCCCAUGGAGGCACCUCCUGGAGAGUCCACAGACAGAUCUGGCAGUUCAGCAGCCUCUUCUCCAAAAUCAAGAGCUGGGAGUUUAAUGAAGUCACCUCCAUGUCCGAGCACCUGAAGGCCUGUCCCUUCAACAUCGUAGAGCGCAAAACUGACCCGAUCCUUUUAACCAGCAUGUGUGGGCCCCGUGAGCAGGCCCGAGAAAGCCUGGUCUCCACCUUUAGAGCCAGAGCACGAGGAAGAUACACUUCCUAA